CAGCUCCCGCGUCCCGACAUCCGAGUUAACGCCGUGUUCAUUCAGCCACCUCCAGCUCCGCGCACCAGCGCAUUCAUCCAGCAACCCCGCGCGCAAGUUCAACCCACCCUCUGUUCCACGAGCCCUUAUCCCAAGAAGAUGGUCGACGUCAAGCACCGAGAGAAGGAUGCCUCCGUAUGUUCUUCUGCUUCCUCAUACUUCGCCAGAAUAUCCUGUACGUCGGCCGAGUGAGUUCGCUAUACUUCCUCCACCUUCCGACCCCGCGCCCAACCCGCGCCCCCCGCGUGGGGCAGGUACGGUCCGGGGCCCCGCCCCCAGCUGGCGGCCAACAUACGCGUGCCUGCCUUGAUGCCACCAUCCAUCCGCUGCCAGCCGCUGCCAUUUUCCGUCACCCAUUUAUCCAAUGCGAUCAGCCGUCCUCACGCUCCCUCCUGCACACAUGACCACGGCGCGCUAUGUC